ACAGACGCAUGAAAAACUGACGUCAAUUUGUUAAGAUUCUCUUGCUACGUAUUGCGGACGUAUUUUCAUGAGAAUGCCAGGUUACCAAGUUCAGUCAUCGUGUACAACAUGGCGGCGGUUGAGGAAUCGUGAAGUGAAGAAUUCGUAGUUUUAAUUAACUUUUAUAGGAGUGCUUUAAGAGAGUUAUGUCUCGGAAAAAGCGCAAGAAUAAAGCGCCACGCUCUGGUAAACUUCAUAAAGCAUUGUGUGAGAAAGAUGUCAACGGAGGAGAUCUGGCCAUUGAAGACUUUGCUAAUGCGAAAGAUGCAAAGGAAGCACUUAGACGGACAUCAAGAGGAUUUUCAAUGAGUGCAGCAGCUAUGGUCGGUGAAGCUGAGAAUGAGAACAUGAUUCCCUGGUAUGACAGAACAGACUUUGACUCGCUAUCAGCUGAAGAAGAUGAACUUGAGUCAUCAGCAGAAAAAACCAUGUCAAGAUCAAAACGGUCCAAGAACAAGAAGAAAGAUAAUAUUACAUGUGAUGAAUCUAGUGAGUGUGGAUUGAUAUACCCAUUAGAUGUGUGGUGUUUGUUAGCCAAGUACAUCUGUCCUGAACAUGUCCAGAAGUUUGCACUGAUCUGUAAAGGAGCAAGACAAGCUACAAACAUGCGGACAUUUUGGCUAAGACUUUACAACCGUCACAUUACUCAGCCAAAGAAGCUACCUGAAAGGCUCCAGCCAGAUACGAUUGAAUGCCGUCCUGGAUUGCGUGCUAGGAUCAUAAGAGCUCUGUUCCAUGGGUAUGAGCCAUUCAGAAGCCGGAUUUUGUCAUACAGUAGUUUACGGGAUCCAAGCAUACUAGAGUCGCACAUGUGUAUAUCAAUGUGGUACAAGCAGGUGCUAUGCAAUAAGCAAACUAAAAAAGUCUGGGUGUUUUAUUUCAAGUUUUCCCAGAAAGCUACUCAUGUAAAGAGAAAACCACGUUAUUUUUCUCAGAAAUGGUUUGCGCAAGUGGACGACUUGACUGACAAUCCUGAAGAAAAUCACUGCAUUCUUCAAGUUAAUUGCGUCAAUUUUGUGCCAGUGUACCCAGUGCAAGGUCAUGUGUUGACUAAAGCCUUGGUAGGCAUAAGUCACGAUAUGAAACACAAUAGCAUCAAGUUGACAUUCCACUCACCACGCAGUGAUGGCAGAUAUAGAAAGGAAGAUGGAACUACUGUGGUUUUAGAUCCAGCAUGUGAUGUCAAAGUAAUUAAUUGGUGGAGUCCACUUUAUCCUCAUUGUGAAGAUACAUUGUAAAUGUACUUCACUCACAGAAUUUGACUGUUAAAUUUAUUAAAUACAUAGUUCAAGAUGGAUCAAAGACAUAGUACAGAAAUAGUUAAAGUGAGCAGAAGAGAAGUAAGACAUUGCAUACAGGUCAUUUAUGUCAGUUGUGAAAAAAAAAUAUUUAGGGAUCAACAAAUUUAAUUUGACUUUUUCCGUUUCUGUUUGUGUACACAAAGUAAUCCACUGUAAAUUGCAUGGUUCUGUUUUGACCUGUGCAUGAUACAGUAAAGGAUAAUGGCUGGUUAAUUCACUGGUUCGGUACGUGGUUUACAUUCCACAUUGAACUUGAUACAUGUCUGUAUUUGCCAUUUGUAAGCAGUACGCUGAAAAUAAUAGAGUGCAGAAAAAAGGUACAAAUUUACACUGCACAUGUUAGAAAUUUCAGUCCUUGUUGCAAUGAUCUGUAAAAGCUAAAGGGGAAAUUAAGGAAGGGGAAAAAGUGCAGGCAAAAGAACUAAGGAGACCAUUUUGUUAGUAAACCUAAUAAACACAUACAAAGAUGAGGGUUAAUAUCUGUUUUGUUUCAGAGAGAAAACAAGAUUUUCAGUUUCUAGCUCCAAGCCACAACGUAGUUUAGUGAUGCUAAAAUUUACAAAUUUAGAAGUAUAUUAUUUCAUUGUAGCAAGCAAAUAAAUUAAGGUGUUAUCAUUCAAUUCCAUGUAUGAACCAACAACAAGGUCUGGAUUUUCAAAAAAGAUUAAACAGUAGUGAAAUUACAA